CCGUUGCGAGGCGGUCGAUUCCAAGUGGGCCGGAUCAGGGGGUGGGGGGUGAGGAGACGGUUUCGCACGCCGAGGCCCUUCGUGAGCGACGUCCGGACACCGUGCGGUGGCCGCGCGGAAACGGCCAGGUCCUGUGGCACCGCGGACACCAACCUGUGCUUGGAGCCCAUCCCGGCGAGCAGCGUCUGCCCGGAGUCCCUGGCGUCCCCUCCGGGGCGCUCUUGGAGCCACUUUCCGGAGCGGAAGUCGGCUUGCUGCUCGGGCGCCCGUGGGACCUGGUCGGAGGAAUGGCGCCGCCGGGUUCAAGCACUGCCUUCCUGUGGACCCUGACAAUCAUUGCCAGCACUCAGGCCCUGACGCCUACCCACUACCUCACCAAGCAUGACAUGGAGAGACUGAAAACCUCCCUGGACCGCCCUUUCACAAAUUUGGAGUCUGCUUACUACUCCAUUGUGGGACUCAGCAACGUUGGGGCUCAGGUACCAGAUGCCAAGAAAGCGUGCACCUUCAUCAAAUCUAACCUUGAUCCCAGCAGUGUGGACUCGCUCUUCUAUGCUGCCCAGUCCAGCCAGGUCCUCUCAGGAUGUGAGAUCUCUGUUUCAAACGAGACCAAAGAUUUACUUCUGGCAGCAGUCAGUGAAGACUCCUCUGUUGCCCAGAUCUACCAUGCCGUUGCAGCGCUCAGUGGCUUUGGCCUCCCGUUGGCAUCCCAGGAAGUACUUGGUGCCCUCACUGCUCGUCUUGGCAAGGAGGAGAGUGUGCUGGCAACUGUACAGGCUCUGCAGACUGCAUCCUACCUGUCUCAGCAGGCAGACCUGAGGAACAUCGUGGAGGAGAUCGAGGACCUUGUUGCUCGCCUGGAUGAACUGGGAGGAGUGUAUCUCCAGUUUGAAGAAGGACUGGAAACUACAGCAUUGUUUGUUGCUGCCACCUACAAGCUCAUGGACCAUGUGGGGACAGAACCAUCCAUUAAGGAGGAUCAGGUCAUCCAGCUUGUGAAUACAAUCUUCAGCAAGAAGAACUUCGAGUCACUCUCAGAAGCCUUCAGUGUAGCCUCUGCUGCUGCUGCAUUGUCCCAGAAUCGUUACCAUGUGCCAGUGGUGGUUGUGCCUGAGGGAUCCCCUUCCAACACUCAUGAACAGGCUUUCCUGCGGUUGCAAGUCUCCAAUGUUCUGUCACAACCACUGACCCAGGCUACUGUUAAACUAGAACAUGCUAAGUCUGUUGCUUCCAGAGCUACUGUUCUCCAGAGGACCCCUUUCACUCCUGUAGGGGAUGUUUUUGAACUCAACUUCAUGAAUGUCAAAUUUUCUAGUGGUUAUUAUGACUUCUUUGUCAAAGUCGAAGGUGACGACCGUUACAUUGCAAACACUGUAGAGCUCAAAGUCAAGAUUUCCACUGAAGUUGGCAUCACAAAUGUUGACCUUUCCACUGUGGAUAAGGAUCAGAGCAUUGCACCCAAGACCACCCGGGUGACCUAUCCUGCCAAAGCCAAGGGCACAUUCAUUGCAGACAGCCACCAGAACUUCGCCUUGUUCUUCCAGCUGGUGGAUGUGAACACUGGUGCUGAGCUCACCCCUCACCAGACAUUUGUUCGACUCCAUAACCAGAAGACCGGCCAGGAAGUGGUAUUUGUUGCUGAGCCAGAUAGCAAGAAUGUAUAUAGAUUUGAACUGGACACCUCUGAAAGAAAGAUCGAGUUUGACUCUGCCUCUGGUACCUAUACACUCUACUUGAUCAUCGGAGAUGCCACAUUGAAGAACCCAAUCCUCUGGAAUGUGGCUGAUGUGGUCAUCAAGUUCCCUGAAGAAGAAGCUCCUUCCACUGUCCUGUCCCAGAACCUUUUCACCCCAAAACAGGAAAUUCAGCACCUGUUCCGCGAGCCUGAGAAGAGACCCCCCACGGUGGUAUCCAAUACGUUCACAGCUCUCAUCCUCUCACCCUUGCUCCUGCUCUUUGCAUUGUGGAUCCGGAUUGGUGCCAAUGUCUCCAACUUCACUUUUGCUCCUAGCACUAUUAUCUUUCACCUGGGACAUGCUGCAAUGCUGGGGCUCAUGUAUGUCUACUGGACUCAGCUCAACAUGUUCCAGACCCUGAAGUACCUGGCCGUCCUGGGCAGUGUGACAUUUCUGGCUGGCAAUCGGAUGCUGGCCCAGCAAGCAGUCAAGAGGAUCGCUGCAGAGCAGAGCAGUAGAUUGGCAAAAUAUAGGACACUACGAACUGCACAUUAGUUCCCGAAAAAGAAUGGAAACUCUGAAAACUGAAAUGAAUGUUGAAAACAAGAAGUCAAGAACAAUUCAUUGUGAAAAGAGGAAUGAGGGAAACACACACACACACACCAUGUUAUUUAAAAAGAAAAAGUUGAAAUGUGGGUAUACUUGUUUUUCCAUUUUUCCUACAUAAAGCAGAUACAUGUGAGCCCAGAUUGUCUGUUUCUUUGGCAUACUGCCUCACAAGAUGCUGUGAAUAUCCCAAAUGACCCAGAUGUUGCUUUUCAAAGGUUGAAAUCUGUAAUUAUCUACUUUGGAAUAAAGAGAAUAAUAGGAACAAA